GAAAUUCAAAAUAAAACAUUGACAUAGUAAGUGGCGCUCUCACUCACUCCCUAUUUUGCCAAUUUCGCUACCAUUUUUGUGUCCGAAAACGGUGAGAAAGUAACCCAACGGUUAUCGUCUUCUUCUUCUUCUUUCACUUUGCUUCUGUCAAACUCUCCAGAACCAACAAGAAAUGGUGAUAUCUAAAUCAAAGUAUGAAGAAAUCAGGCAACAAAGAUUGGCAGAGAAUAAGAAGAGAAUGGAAGAGCUUAACUUGAAAAAGCUUUCUGAUGGUCUCCGUACACCCAGUCCUAGGAAAUCUCCAAUGAAGCAUGCGAAACCACGGGUUCCUCGGUUACCGGCAGAGUUAGUAACAGUCAGAAGGUCUUCUCGUUUUUCAGACAAGCCCCCUGUUAGCUAUAAGGAAAUGGCACUUGAAUCUAUGGAGAGACCAAGAAGGAGCUACAGUUACCAAAGAAGAGAUCUGCUCAAUAGAAUUUAUGCAUCCGACGAAGUCAGGGCAUAUGCAAUUGAUAGAGCAGAAAAACUGCAGUCAGAUCUAGAAUCUGAUUUUCCAAGUUUUGUCAAACCCAUGCUUCAGUCGCAUGUAACUGGAGGAUUUUGGCUGGGACUGCCAGUUCAAUUCUGCAAGGAUCACCUUCCUUCUCGUGAUGAAUAUAUCACUUUGGUGGAUGAGAAUGGAGAUGCAUCUGAAACCAAAUACCUUGUUCAAAAAAAUGGUCUUAGUGGUGGAUGGAGAGGGUUUGCCAUUGACCAUCAACUAGUUGAUGGAGAUGCACUAGUCUUCCAGCUAGUUAGCCCUAAAGAAUUCAAGGUGUUCAUUAUAAGGGCAAACGAAGACGAAGAGAAGGAAAAUGACCAAGAAGACAACGAAGAAAAGGAAAAUGACAAAGAAGAGAAUGCAGAUGAUCUGAAGAAUAUAGAUGCCACACCCUUAGAUAAUAUAGCCAAGCGAACAAGAGCAAGCAGGAAAUGAGUAUCUUUGAGGGCAAGUUUAUAAGCUGUUGGAGCAUAGAAGCUAUGGUGGAUAGCCGAAUCUUAUGUUUUGGCCUUGUAACAUAUUAGGCAUCUCGUUGUAAAGAGGAAUCAAGUUCCUUUUCAUUUUGAAGCACAAUAACUAUUGGUGGACAAACCAAAUAGAAUUGUUCAACAUAACAUUCAAUUUUCUUAAUGGUGGUUUAAUGUCAAGUUGAUUACUGCCUUCACAGGCAUUUGCCCCUGCAA